AUGGCUGUACAGUCGAAACUGCUGCCGCCCGACCGCUCCGUCAAGCAGAUCCUCUCCAGCCUCACUUCCCUCUACCUCCGACACCGAACAGGCAUCUCCCGCACCGUUUAUCUCGCCCUCUUUGCAGCACUUGCCAAGCGAAUCCACAAUGCAAUCUCCGAACAGAAAGCUGCCUCGCAGCACGUAGAGCUGCACCGUCGGCCCGGCACCAGCUCCCUCGGCGACGAGGAACAGCCGCGAAAGAAGCGCGUGGAGAUCAACCGGGAGUUCUUCAAACACCUACUUCGGCUCUUGAAAAUUGUGAUUCCGGGAUGGCGAAGUAAGGAGCUGCGGCUCCUGGUGAGCCAUAGCGUCUUCCUCGUGCUACGGACGCUGCUGAGUUUGUAUGUGGCCGAGUUGGACGGACGACUCGUCAGCAGCCUGGUGCGGGGAAAGGGCAAGGACUUCUUGCUAGGUCUUGUAUGGUGGAUGAUUGUAGCUGUGCCCGCAACAUUUACAAACUCCAUGCUAUCCUACCACCAAUGCAAGCUCUCCCUCAGCUACCGGAAACGAUUGACAGACUAUAUACACGACAAGUACCUAUCAAAUAUGACCUUCUAUGCCAUCUCCGCGCUAGAUGAUCGGAUCAAGAACCCCGAUCAACUAGUCACGGUUGAUGUGUCGCGCUUCUCCGAUAGCCUGGCAGAACUCUACUCCAAUCUCGCCAAACCAAUUCUAGACAUGUGCAUCUACAACUACUCACUGUCCAAGAAUGUCGGAGGCGAAGGAUUGUUCAUUAUGAGUUUGCUGGUGCAGCUGUCAGCAAACGUGAUGCGCAUGCUGACGCCGCCAUUCGGCAAAUACGUCGCAGACGAGGCUCGACUUGAAGGUGAAUUCCGUUUCCUCCACUCGCGACUCAUCGACUAUAGCGAAGAAGUCGCGCUGUAUCAUGGCCAUGAGGCCGAGAAAGAUACCCUGGACAAAGGUUACUUCACGUUAAUCAAGCAUGUGAAUCGCAUCUUGCGCCGACGUCUGUAUCACGGAUUCAUGGAAGACUUUGUUAUCAAGUAUUUCUGGGGUGCGCUUGGUUUGGGUCUUUGCAGUUUGCCCGUCUUCUUCAAGAUUCCUGGUCAGGUUACUCAGACCAUGGGAGAUCGGACCGAAAGCUUCGUUACAAACCGGCGGAUGCUGCUGUCCUCCUCCGACGCCUUUGGUCGUCUAAUGUUUUCCUACAAGGAGAUCUCAGAGCUAGCCGGAUACACCUCCCGUGUUUCCUCGCUGCUCGAGGUCAUGGAUGACUUGGUCGCUGGGCGUUUCGAGAAGAAACUAGUAUCUUCAGCAUCGACCGAAGAGAACGCAGCCGUUCUUUCUGGUCGCGGCGAGGUCAUGGAGAGCGAAUCCAUCGAAUUCGCCGAUGUUCCAAUCGUCUCGCCAAACGGCGAUGUUCUAGUGCGCAAAUUGUCGUUCACCGUUCAUCCUGGCGACCAUCUUCUCAUCGUCGGGCCGAAUGGAUGCGGCAAGUCUUCUCUCUUCCGCAUUUUGGGAGGACUGUGGCCAGUCUACGGAGGCACGGUUAAGAAACCUCGAUUCGAGGACAUCUUUUACAUCCCUCAGCGGCCAUACCUGUCUCGCGGGACAUUGCGGCAGCAAGUCAUUUACCCUGAUGGAGUGCGCGAGAUGCGUGCCAAGGGAGUGACUGAUGCUGAUCUCCAUGAGAUCCUGUCGGUGGUUGAGAUCGCCUCAGUCGUCGACCGGCCCGGUGGCUGGGACGCCGAGGAAGAAUGGCGCGAUGUGUUGUCCGGCGGCCUGCAGCAGCGGAUUGCGAUGGCUCGCUUGUUCUACCACCGUCCCAAGUUUGCCAUUCUUGACGAGUGUACCUCCUCGGUGACGCUCGAGAUUGAGAAGGUCAUGUACGAGACGGCCAAGAAACUGGGAACCACCUUGAUGACGGUAUCGCAUCGCCGCAGUCUAUGGAAGUAUCACAAGAAGAUUCUGCAAUUUGACGGACAGGGCGGUUAUGUUUUCACCGAUCUCGAUUGGGAGCGACGGAUGCAGCUGGAAGAUGAGAAGGAUGAACUUGAGCUGCAACUGCGGGCCGUGCCGGAACUGGAGCGACGAGUUGCAGAGUUGACAGCGAUCUAG